AUGGUGUUCGAGUCCCUGGUGGCUGAUCUUCUCAAUCGCUUCCUUGGCGAUUUUGUCGACAACCUCGAUGCAUCGCAACUUAACAUUGGCAUCUGGGGAGGUGAUGUGAAAUUGGAAAAUCUAGAAAUCAAAGAAACAGCGCUAGAUGAUCUCGAUCUACCGAUAAAGUUAAAAUUUGGCUACUUGUCUACUCUAGUACUCAAGAUACCUUGGAAGAAUCUGUACAAUGAGCCCGUAAUUGCCAACAUCGAUGGUUUGCAUCUGAUUGUUGUACCUAACAAAGGUGUCGUCUAUAACGAUGAAAAGGCGAAGAAGAAUGCUGCCGAGAUCAAACAAAAGACUCUUGCCCGUCUCGAAGAAGCUCGCAAGAACCGUCGAAAGCCUCCAGAUCCAACCCAGGAUUCAUUCGUGGAAAAAAUGAUCACUCAAGUGAUUAAGAAUCUUCAGGUAACUGUGUCCAAUAUCCAUGUUCGCUUUGAAGAUAAAUACACAAAUAGACAUCGUCCCUUUGUGGCCGGAGUUACCCUGGAAAGGCUCGACUUCCAGACAACCACUGAGAACUGGAUCCCUACUAUUCAUAGAGAUGUUGUAAAAAUAUUCCAUAAACUUGUUCUGCUUGACAAUCUGGCCGUCUACUGGAACUCUGGCUCAGAGUUAUUCUCAGAUUUGCCCGAUAAAAAGGAGAUCCGUAGAAAGCUUCAAGCUACAAUUCACAACGGAAGCAAUCAGCCUGAUGGUUACAAAUAUAUUCUACAGCCUAUCAAAAUGCAGGCGAAGCUAAAGUUGAAUCAAAAGCCAGAGUCGGAUGGGACGGAUUGGAAAACUCCGAAGGCUAGUAGAUCUCUCUAUCGAUAUGGAAACAUUAGCGUUGGCCAUUGGGAAAUUUCAAUAUCAGGAUAUUUUACUGUUUCUAGAAGCACAGGAAAGAUUCAAUCUCGCAACGCAGUAUCUGAAAUACCGCCCUCAUCUCAACGAAUAUCGUGGACACUACAAAGAAUGGUGGCAUUUUGCUUAUACGGCAAUAUUGGAAGAGAAAGUUCGUCGACGAAGGAAUAA